UCUUUCACCGGCGCAAUGCCUUCAAACUAUGAAUACGAACGCAUUGAUCUCGCUACGGACGCUAUACGACUCCUCAGAUUACGAAAGGGAGCCCGGUCCGAGCCAAUCCGAUGUGAGAUGUUCGAGGCCUUUCUACACCAGAUCGAGGGCGUCCCAUACGAAGCCUUGUCCUAUGUUUGGGGCGAACCACCCCCAAACAACAAAGAAUUUGCAGAUCGAAUAUUUCUCCACGGGUGUGAAUUUAUUGUGACUAAAAACUUAUACGAAGCCCUCAUACACUUACGACGAGAGGACGAAGAUAGAGACUUAUGGGUGGAUGCUAUUUGCAUUGACCAGAGCCAUAACAAGGUAGGAGCGUGGACACCAGGUUCGCCAGAUGGGCCUUGUUUACCAGGCUGCCCAGAGAGUCAUCAUCUGGCUCGGGGCCAGCAACAAAGACAUCGACGAAUUGUUUCACUGGAUGAUCGCGCUUGACCAGCAAAUGCUCCCAGUAGCGAAGCCGCACACGAUCACAAAGUGGGAAAUCCAAUGGGAACUUGCCCUCUGGACACUACCUGGCAGAACUUUGCCGGAGGAUAUCUCUGGAGCAUUUGCCGAAUUGUUGGAACGAGAUUGGUUCUCCAGAAUCUGGGUCCUCCAGGAGGCAGCACUUGCUAAAUCAGCCAUGAUAAAGUGUGGACUGAAAGAGAUAAAUUCACGGACGUUUGUUGUUAUGCCUUUGCUUCUCAAAAUACGCUGUCCCCAUGGUGUUCAGGCUCGCUUAGACAUCAUGCCUGGGUUACUGCGUGCGGAAUCCUGGUGGGGCGAGAGAUCUGGGAGAGAUCUAUUGACCCUUCUUCGAAAGUUUGGCGGAAGCAAGGCCACUGAACCGCGCGACAUAGUUUACGCGCUCCUCGGACUCUCCGCAGACGCCCAUUCGUCCGAACUCCUGCGGCCAGAUUACGAAAUUUCCACUGAGUUGGUUAUCCAACGAGUUAUUGCAUACUUCCUGGUUCAACAGGGCAAACUAUCAAAGGGACACCCCCCCCAGACAUUGCCGAAAUGGACCAUGGACAAAUUCCUGGACGUGCUGGAUUGUCUGGACGAUGAAGUCUUCAUAUGGGAACAGAAUGAGGGACUUGAUACGCGGUUAAUAAACGAUCUAAGAAUUAGGCGGCAAGCAGAGGAAAAUCCCGACACCUAUCAAUGUAUAAUAAUCAAUGCACCCUGCCGGAGAAGAGAUUACUCCUCAAGCACGAGCACCCCCGAAAUGUACUUACCUAAUGUAUACUACUAUACAUAA